AUGAGACAUUCUGUUAUUAUAAUUCUCCCAAGAACUACUUUAUUUUUAGCAUCUCCGAGCAAUUUAGCAGCACAAGGUUUUGUUGUUGAACACCAGCCAAUAGCACUGUUUCGAUCAGAACUUGAAAAAUUAGAACAUAUUUUACUCUUUCCUGAAGAAGUAGCUUUUCAGUUGUCAGCAACUGAAUACAAACUAUUUUACGAGAUUCAACCGAUGGAUUAUAUUCGCUAUGUUAGUUCUAACCUUACAUCCCGAUCAGUUGCGGAAAACCCGAGCCCUGUUCGAAAUUUAGUUAAACGCUUAUCAGAGAUAAGUUCUUGGAUAACACAUCUGAUUAUCAGCUUACCAACAGACGAAGAUCGGAAAACAAGAGUGACCACUAUUUUACGAAUAAUAGAUACAUGCUGGAGCAUUGGUAAUUUCAAUGCAGCAGUUGAGAUUUUAAUAGGAUUAAAAAGUGAAAAGCUACGACCAUUUUGGUUAUCAUUGAAACCAGAAGAAAAGAAAAAAUACGAAGAGUUGUGUGAAAUACUUUUACCCAGUGAUCAAACAGCCGUAUCACCUACUUAUCGUGAAGCAAUUCAACGAGCACUAAAAAUGCCUCAGUGCAAACUAAUACCUUUUUUUGGUGUUUUCUUACGUGACUUAUAUGCGAUUGUGAAUGACUUACCAAGUAUUGUGAUGUCCGCGGAUGAAGGCUUAACGAAAGAGCAUAAUGGUAAUGAUUAUUGCGCAUCAAAAAUUGAAGUUACUGGAUUAUUAAAUGCCGACAAAAUUAACUUAGUAGUUGUUGUCUUGGAUAAUUUGGAAUUAUUUCAUCGCCAUUACAAGAAUAGACGAAGUUUUAUUUUGGAUCAAGCAGAAUCAAGUACUAGAAAAAAGAAACGAAAAGCAAAAGAGUAUGAAUCAGUGCAAGCAGUGGAAGGUAGCUCGAAAAAUGUAACGCUAAUACCUCUAGAUACGAAUCAUUUCAACUUGGAUGUUAUUCAGCGACUUCAUCAUGGCACCACUGUCAUUCGAUUUGAUCCAGAAACAGGUCGCAGCACAUUAUGUUUACUGAAGUUACACGCGAGUUGUGGUUUGUUGUCUUGGCAUAAAGUCGGCAGUUUUAAAACCAAAGAUAUUAGAGAUAAAGUAUGUGUUUGUUUUUUACAAAGCUUGACAACGACAGAAAGUUGUAAUCCUACUCUAUCCCCAUGUACUCGACCGAGUGGAGCUGUUUAUGCUACAAUGGAUAAUGGGUUUUUGAGGCUGUAUGAUGUAAAGUCAGUUGAAAGUGUGGGUUCACAUGAAAUCGAUAUUGAGAGCAUAUACAGACGUCACAGCAAUGAAGAAAUGUCCGUCUCAAUAGAAUGCUGGGCAAUAAAUUAUGGUUGCCAUCUGUCUGACAAUGAAUUUUUCUAUUUCAUUGCACCUAAGAAAAGUGCACAAUGUUGGUUAAAUGGCCUGAUUGAUAUUGUAAACUAUAUGAUGGAAGAACGAAAAUAUGCUGAUCGACGAAUUAUCUGGUUGAAGAAGUUGUAUUUGCAAUUGUACAGAAUAUUUGAUCCAUGUGCGAAAUAUUGUCCACAACUUUCUGAAGCUCUUCAGGCUUUUGGUGGACAAAGCAAAGAAUUAAAAAACUUAGGUGCUAAGAAUCCAGUGACUUCUGAAUUAUUUCAAGAAGAUUAUUCGGAGAAACCUUUGACAUUACUUGAAUUUAUUGAAUUAUACAAAUUGUUUAAUAUACAAAUGCGAAAAGAUCUGAAUCGUGAAAUCUACGAAAGGCAGCAAAAUAUUCAUAAUGCGCUUACUCUUGCAACCACGAAUAGUACAGGUUCCAUGGAUACGUCAAAAACUUUAUUUCUAACACCUAGAAUGCUCCAAAAAUUCAUUGAAAUACAUCAAAUGGAAAUUGUGGAUGAAGACUAUGCAGCCAAACUAAUAGAAGAGCAUGAACCAGAUAUUUCUAACCGGAUCAACAAAUUGCUUUCAUUCGAAGGAUUUGUACGCUAUCUAACAGAUUCUAAUAACUAUGCGUUUGUACCCGAAGCAAUCAAACCUGAUGCAAGCACACUUCAUUAUCCUUUAAGUUAUUAUUAUAUUUGCUCAAGUCACAAUACAUACCUCACAGGUCAUCAGUUGAAAGGUGAAUCAUCCACUGAAAUGUAUCGCCAGGUGUUAUUAACUGGUUGUCGCUGCAUUGAACUGGAUUGCUGGGAUGGUGAGAAUGGCAGACCACAAAUAUUUCAUGGUCAUACUUUAACAUCGAAGAUUGACUUCUCUCAAGUGCUUAAUGCUAUUAGAAAAAAUGCAUUUGUUACUAGCAGUUUACCUGUAAUUUUGUCAAUUGAAAAUCACUGUUCACUACAACAGCAAGCACGAAUGGCUCAAAUGUUUCAAAAUUAUCUCGAUGAAAAAUUGGUGAGACACUUUUUGUUCGCAGCAGAUUACAGUGAUUCUCCGCGACUCCCUUCACCUUGGCAGUUACAAAAUAAAAUUUUAAUAAAAGAUAAAAAAAUGAUUGCAGAACCAAAUAUGACUUUCGAACAAACUGAUGGAUCUUAUGGAGUAGAUGAAGAUGAUUUAGAAGAAUCUGAUAAUUACGAAGAUCCGAAUGACGACAAUGAAGAGGGUCAGUUGCAUACUACAAGUAAUUUCGAAACACAUCCUAAAACUUUUUAUUCGAGAAGCUCAAGAGCAAAAAGACUUGAAGCAUGUGAUAAGAGGACGAGCUAUGAAGUAUUAUCAGCUCCUUCAGAAACCGUUUCACCAAGAUCUAUGAAGAAAGGACCAGGAAUUGCACUUGCGCCUGAAUUAUCAGACCUAGUAAAUUAUCUUCAAGCUGUUAAAUUUAAGAAUGAUGGAGUUUGUUCUUCAACAACAAGAAUUAACGAAGUCAACAACGAUAGAAAUAGCUCGCACGAACUCAAAUUCGUUAUUAAUGCCAAAUUCCCAGCAACAAUCAUACGAUUCUUCACAGUCCUUCGAAGAGAACAAGCUAAAAUUGUAUCACUUCGUAAUUGUGCAACUGAUAUCUGUAUUUUAAUGAAACAUCCGUUAAAAUUCAUUGCAUACUCACGUGACCAGAUUGUUAGAACAUAUCCUGGCGGAAUACGCAUUGAUUCGUCGAAUUUUAAUCCAAUUCAAUAUUGGUCAUUUGGCAUACAAAUGGUCGCGCUAAAUUUUCAAACUGCUGAUACAGCAAUGGCUGUUAAUACUGCAAUGUUUGAACAGAAUGGUAACUGCGGAUAUGUUUUAAAACCACGUGUUUUUUGGGAUAUCUCUCAUCCACUUUAUAAUCGGUUUAAUCCUCGUAGCAAAGAUAUUUCUUUACAGUCUGCUCUUCUUUAUAAAAUAACGAUAAUAUCGGGUCAACAUGUAUGUCCGAAUCAGCAUGCUGCUUCAUCAUAUGUUGAGCUGGAAAUUAUUGGUUUGCCAGCAGACUGUGCAAAAGAGAAAAGCAAAACAGUGAGCAGAAAUUCGGUGAAUCCAAUUUGGAACUAUACUACAACUUUUCGAAUUGUAUUUGUCGAACUCGCUUUUUUACGAAUUUCUAUUUGUGACAGCACAAAUGGCAGAUGCAUAGCACAACGAGUGGUUCCAGUACGUUUUAUUCGUGCAGGAUAUCGUCAUCUUCCGUUGAGAACUCCAGCAAAUGUUCCAAUCGAGCAAGGAACAGUAUUUCUUUACUCACGUUUUGAACAAGAAGAGUAUAUCCACGUGCAUGAGUGUGACGAUGACACUUAUGAAUUUAAUGUUCAUCACUUGAAAGUAUUUCUCCAGGCUGCAAAUUUGAAAACAGUUCCCAUAUUGCGUCGACAAAUUUUUGUCCUUCAAGUAUCAGGUUUAUAUAAUGAUGACACUAUGGUUACUGUACAUGUUGGCUUAUCCAGUACUGUGAAAAAUGUUAUUCAGAUGGCACUUAUAAAUGCUGGGAAGAAUGCAGAUACAGUGGAAGAUUAUAUUUUGGCUGAAUUAACUAUCAAACGUUUCUCAGCUGAUAGUGAUGAACAGUGCGCACAUCGUAUUUUACAGCCGAAUGAAUUGAUAAUGGAUUCAGUUGCGUGCUGGAAUGGUUCUAUUCGACGUUUUGUUAUCAAGAAGAAAGAAACAGAUUCUGGUAGUAGAACUUGGAUUAAUUCUUUGAUAAAAAGUGGUAUGACGAUGCCAUCAUCCUCCUUAGCUAGUUUAUCACCUUCUUCUUCCAUGUCACCAUCAGAAAAACGAUCAAACAGUGGUGUACGAGGGCAGCAAUCCCCUUUCCAAGUGAAGAAAACUUUCCUGGUAUGUGUACACAAUGUCAGCAAAAAUCAGCCCUAUAUUAUUCUGCGAGCAAAUAUUAACAGUAUGGCCAGCGAUAUUAUUAAACAAGUUUUUUUACAAACACGUCAAACAGAUAUCAAUGAAACAGAAUUUGUUCUUGUGGAGGAAACGUUGAAGGAUUUCAGCUUAAGGACAGCUAAAUCCCAACAUGAAAAUUUAACUCUUCGAGUUUUGGGGCCAGAAGAAAACGUGUACAAAGCACAAAGCAUGUGGAAAACUUCUGGACGUUUCAUCUUGGAAAAUCGCAAUGAUACCAUUCGUUCAGCACAAGAACAAGUGAGAAAUUUGUUGCAAGCAUUAGAGAAUGCAUGCAUAAGUUCGAGUUCAAAAUUACUUAAUACUCACUAA